AAGAGGAAAAAGCAAAACGCACCGUGUUAUCCCAAGCCCAAAACGCAACGUCUGGCCUAAUACUCAGGACGCUGAGCUGAGCGAAAGUGAAAAAGGACAGCGAGGGAAACACGAUCACAAGCGCUGAUGAAAAAUCCAGAAGAGUGUAAAACCAACAAUCAACAACAACAACAACAAGAGAUGGCAGCCUCAUCGGCGGCAAUGGACGGGGUGGCAGCGACGGCUCUCCGGUCUGUGCUCCAGAGAGUCCACCAGGCCGCCGACCUGUCUGGUCGUGAAUCGCAGCGGAUCCGCUUGGUUGCCGUCAGCAAAACGAAACCCGUCUCUGUCAUUCGCCAAGUCUACGACGCUGGUCAUCGCUAUUUCGGCGAAAACUACGUCCAAGAGCUCGUCGAAAAAGCCCCCCAGCAGCUUCCAGAAGAUAUCGAAUGGCACUUUAUUGGGAAUUUACAGAGCAACAAAGUGAAGCCUUUGAUUGCUGGUGUGCCAAACCUUGCGAUGGUGGAAACUGUAGAUGAUGAGAAGAUUGCAAAUCAUCUUAAUCGUGUAGUUGGAAGUUUUGGAAGAAAACCUUUAAAAGUCUUAGUCCAGGUCAAUACCAGUGGAGAGGAAUCAAAAUCUGGUGUUGAGCCUUCAGGUUGUGUGGAACUUGCAAAACAUGUUAGUCUGAGUUGCCCGAACCUUCAAUUUCGUGGAUUGAUGACAAUUGGGAUGCUUGAUUAUACAUCAACAGCAGAGAACUUCAAGACAUUAGCAAAUUGCAGAAGUGAGGUCUGCAAGGCUCUUGGAAUACCAGAAGAGCAAUGUGAACUAUCAAUGGGGAUGUCUGGUGACUUUGAGCAAGCUGUAAGGAUAGUUUUCAUAUGCUAUCAAGAAAAGGAAAAUCAUGGAUUUAUUGAAAUGGGAAGUACCAAUGUCAGAGUUGGAUCAACCAUCUUUGGGGCAAGGGAAUAUCCAAAAAAAAAAUGAAACUAACUUAUGAAAUUGACGGGCACAUUACUUAGAUCGUCAUUGCAUUGUUAUUGAAGGAGUUGUACUCAAUCCUUAGGCUGUUAUCUUUUACUCUGGGUUGCUCUGGUUCGGUACCGGGCUUGUAAGGUGGAUAUAACCAAAAAAAAAAAUGAAAAAUCUGAUGUUGGAAUACAUGGAACUUGUUUAUAUGCCUUCCAAAUGAUUCUAAUAAUAAUUUAAUCAAUUAAUUGAUCCGAAAUUCUGAAUUGAACAAUUAACCUUCUGGUAUGAACUGGUAUGAGCUAUGAACUACAAAUGCAAGUAGUCCAAAGUUAAUUGUGUCCCUCCAUCAAGUCAACUCUAGCACUCCUGAUUCCUAGACGUUUCCCAGCCUCCUCAAGGCAUGUACUUCUUUAAACCUCUUCUACCCUGGCCUCUCAGUGCACCAACGCAUUGUUCUUCGUGGGUUUUCUUCAGAUUCUUAAACAGUAGCUUCUUUUAUCAAUUUUUAAGCAACACGACAAACGCUCGCAAGGUUUGCUAUUGUCCCUGGACUGCCUCUAUUGGGUGCUAUUGUCGUGGUGGCGACGUGGACAUUGCUUUUUCUAUGUAUAAUGAAAUGCGAUGCAACAAGGUCGAGCCUAGUCCGGUUACAUUUUUAAGCUUGCUCUCUAGUUCCUUGGAGGUAGCCCACUUGCAGGCUUUGCAUGGCUCUGCGGUUUUUGCUUCUCUAAAUCUAAGACAUAUGCAGAAUUGGAUUAUAUGCUGCAUGCUACCAAAAAAGGGAAAAGAAAAGAAGGUGAUGCUCAUUAUUAACAGCUACAAAAUAU